AUGGCCGUUGCCACACAGGCCAUCCCCCGUCUCGAGGACGCCGCACGACGACGCAACGACUACGUCGCCUACGCGGACUUGAUGCUUGACACCAAGACGAUUAAGCCGAGCAUUCGGGAGUGGACCCUGGCCGUCAUCGAGAAGCGCAUCCGGAACGAGUGCGAGGCAGCGAGCACACCGCAGCCACCGGUCACCAAGUUUUCCACCCGCACGCCGCUCAUCGAGGAUGACCGGUGUAUAGCAGGGGCCAUUGGCCAGGCUUUUGGGCUCAUUUCGGAGCGCGUGCCGUUGAGAUGA